AAUCAGCCAGUGUUCUUCCAUGACGCCCAGGCAACCAGCCAGGAACAAGGAUGGCCUAACCUUGCCCACGGGGCGCGACGUCACCAGGUUAAAGACAUUCUUGGUCUAUAAAGGAGACAUUCUGUUUUAUCUCCAAACAUUAAAAAAAAAUUUAGCUGGAAGAUCGGAGCUGUUUGAGACCAAUCAAUUAUACCAUAAAUGAACAAUGGCGCCGACGAAUGAAAGACAUUUGAACGAUACCUCUAGUAAGGCCUCAGAGAGCCCUGCGGAGCCCAAGGGGAAGAGGCCCCCAGUGCUUGUGGACGGGGUGACUCUGAACGGCCCCACGCUGGACAUCCGGGAAGCAGAGAGCUUCCUCAGAGAAGCCAUGCCCAUCAUCAUGGAGGAGGCCGUCUGGAAGGCUACUGACGUCAAGGAGAAGGUGUGUGAGUGGCGCUCUCCGGAGCAGCUGAAGGACCUAUUAGACCUAGAGCUGAGGGAAGGAGGCGAGGCACACCCCCAGAUACUGCAGCGCUGUCGGGAUGCCAUCCGAUACAGUGUCAAGACCGGACAUCCUCUCUUCUUCAACCAGCUCUAUGCAGGCAUGGACCCUUAUUCACUAGUGGGUCGAUUCAUCACAGAAGCUAUCAACCCCAGUCUGUACACAUACGAGGUGGCUCCAGUGUUCCUGCUGACAGAGGAGGCCGUCCUAAAGAAGAUGAUUGAGAUCAUUGGAUGGCAGGAAGGAGGGGACGGCAUCUUCAGCCCAGGUGGCUCUGUGUCCAACAUGUAUGCUGUGAACGUGGCCAGGUACCACCACUGUCCUGAUGUGAAGGUGCUGGGCCUGUCUGCCUUGCCUAGACUGGUCAUGUUUACAUCUCAGGAGUGUCAUUACUCUGUUUCCAAAGCAGCAGCUUUCCUGGGAAUUGGCACCAACAAUGUUUAUGUGAUCCCGUCGGAUAAGAGAGGGAAGAUGAUUCCAGCGGAGUUUGAGAAACAAGUACAGAGAGCCAAAGAUGAGGGAGCGUUGCCCUUCAUGGUGAACGCCACAGCAGGGACCACCGUACUAGGGGCCUUCGACCCGCUGGAGGAGAUAGCUGACAUCUGUGAACGACACAAUCUCUGGAUGCAUGUAGAUGCAUGUUGGGGAGGAGGAGCCCUGAUGUCUAAGAAACACAGAUACCUGCUACAGGGAAUUCACAGAGCCAACUCAGUAGCAUGGAAUCCUCACAAGAUGCUGAUGGCUGGUCUACAGUGCUGUGCAUUCAUGGUUCGGGACAAAACGAAUCUUCUGCAGCGGUGUCACUCGGCCCAGGCCUCCUACCUCUUCCAGCAGGAUAAGUUCUAUGAUGUCAGCUAUGACACGGGAGACAAGUCCAUUCAGUGUAGCCGUAAGCCCGACGCCUUCAAGUUCUGGCUGAUGUGGAAAGCCAUCGGCACCAAGGGUCUGGAAGAGAGAGUGGACAGAGCCCUCGCUAUGGCCAGAUAUCUGGCCGAGGAGAUCAAGAAGAGAGAUGGAUUCCGUCUUGUGAUGGAGCCUGAGUACACCAACGUCUGUUUCUGGUACAUUCCUCCCAGUCUGAGGGACACGGCUGAUGGACCUGAGUUCUGGAGAAAGGUCCAUGCGGUGGCGCCAGUGGUUAAGGAGCGCAUGAUGAAGAAGGGCUCUAUGAUGGUAGGCUACCAGCCCCAUGGAGACAAGGCUAACUUCUUCAGACAGAUCAUCAUUAGCCCUCAAGUCAGCAGAGAAGACAUGGACUUCCUGCUGGACCAAAUACACAGCCUGGGGAUGGACUUAUGAUCCCACGGAGAUACGUCCAAAAUGGCACCCUAUUCCCUCAAUGAGCCCUGGUCAAAAGUAGUGCACUAUACAGGGAAUAGGGUACCAUUUUAAACAAAACCCAUGGGUCAUGUUCAGUAGGCACGAAAACAGGAGAUCAUGUUUUGAAACUGAGUGAAACGGAAGAGGUGGUACCCCAAACGUCCUAUAAGAAGUUUGUUAACUUGUUGUCUUAUUUGGUGCCCCGGGGUUGUGCAGAAGCCUCAGCAAGUCAUCCUUCCAUUGGCCGUCUCCAUAAAGGGGCUCCAACGAGUUCUUGUUUCUUCUGCUCACUAUGGAUUCCAUUUGUAAAUCUGAGGACCGGCAGUGUGUCAGUCCAUGAGACAGUAGACUCAGUAGCUCGUUGACGGUUUGAGGAUUCAACCUCUUUAUUGGAACCAAUUUCAGAUAAAUAAAAAAAACUCAAAGUCAUUAUCCUUUAUGUUGAUGUGCUUUUUUUAGGGUAAUAUAUAAUACUGUUAUAAUAUAACUGCUGUUAGAAAACAAGGCGUGCAACUUUUAGUAAAAGCUGAAAUAUUUGAAGAGAUUUUAGGAGAUACGAUUUUAAGCGAUACCGAUUGAUUGUAAGAGAUUUAUAUAAAUCUUAAAAUAUGUAUUUUAUUUGAUGAGAUUAAUAUAUAAUAUUUAGAGAAUACUGAUGUGUAAUAUCAUGAAAGAGCUUUAAAUGUAUUUUAGUUCUUUUAUUUUCAUUUUGGAUUUUCUCUUUUGAAGAAUUUUCUUGCACACGGCAUUAACUUUUAUGAUUUUAAAAAUAAUUUUAAAAAAUGUAGCACACCUAGUGUUUGGAUACUGUGAGUCCACCUCCAUAAAUCAGACCGAUCUUAAAAUGGCUACCGUUGUUAUGUUUUAUAAACGGUUUUCUUUUGCAACACUUUACUUAAAGCCAACAGAUGAAAUGCUUUCUUACUUGUUUUAAACUGACUCAAAAUGCCUGUUAUUUAGUCAUUGCUAUGAGACGAUAAUAACACAAUUUAAGUGGUCAAACCAGUCUUAAUGCAUUACAGCUGAUUUAUAAUGCAUUAUACCAGCUUUAUAAUGCAUUAUACCAGUUGGCUUAAAAGGAAGGUUUUUUUUUUUGUAGCUUGCCAUCGAAGAGAACAGUGUUUACUUUAUACAUGUAUGAAGUACUGUGUACAAUACUAGGAUACGUGGAUUCUGUACUAUACAUCAUAUCAUAUUCUUGCAAGACAUUCUGUUUUCUCCUGUUGUUUUGUUUUGUUCCAAUAGCAUUUUGUUCAGAUAUGUUGUCUGAAAAAAAAGCCUGUAUGUGUUUUUUUUUGUAGAUGGAUCAGCACCAAUGAGGUUUCACUGAGAAUUAUUUAUUUUCUUUAUCUGUGAAAAUAAAACCAUUUGUUUACUGAA